ACUUGUUGACCUUUAUCUAUCGACAUGUAAAUAAAACAUUCACAGUUCGUUGUACAGUACCGACCCCUCUCACGACUACAAGCUGCCUACCUACCUAUCUCUCCAUACUGAUUCAGUCUUGGAGAUUCAUAUCCUCGUCAACUCCUGCUCACACGACAGUACUACACCCAUUGGUUAGGUAUCUUAUCACAAGAGCCAUGACCGUCCAGAACACCGACGCUGCUCUCGGCGAGCAGCACCAUUUGGGCGACCAACAAAAUGCCACGGCUGCCGAAAAGAAGCCCAAGAACGAGCAUAGAUGGAUCUGGUUCGUUACGGGUCCGACGGCAUGUGGAAAGACGACGAUUGCCAAGGCGUUGGCGGAGAAUUUGAAUCUCACUUAUGUCGAGGGUGAUGAUCCAACCUAUGACUUGGCUUGCACACUCACUGCACGAUACCGUCUUUGCACAUUCCCCUACCCCGUCCUGCGCCGUCCCUACCACCCAAACGCCAACGUCGAGAAAAUGUCCCGCGGUGAACCCCUGACGGACGCCGACAGAGCAGGCUGGCUCCAAGCCCUCGCCGAGCACGAAACCGCCAAACCACCCACCUCCUCGUCUCCCCAUCUCGUCAUCACUUGCUCGGCUCUAAAGCGGCACUACCGCGACAUCCUCCGUUUGGGGUCUGAACAUGCCGGCGAUUUGCGGAUUCGCUUCAUCUUUUUGCAGGCACCCGAGGAGGUGCUCACAGAAAGAGCACACAACAGAAAGGGACACUUUGCAAAGGAGAAUUUGGUGCAUAGCCAGUUUACGAUUUUGGAGAUGCCGGAUCCAACAAAGCCAAAGGAGGAAGGGGGCGAGCCGGAUGUGCUGGUUGUCGAUGUGGGGAAGGAGAAGGGGGUGGAGGAGGUGGUGAGGGAGGUGGUGGGGAGGGUGAGGGGGGUGAUGCAUUUGGGGAGGGAGUACGGUACUACCUAG